GUUUUGGCGGGUAAUCAUUGCAUCCUGUUGGGAACUGCUGACUCGGCAACUCGUGUUAAUGUGUUUACUCUUACAAGAUGGAGACCAACGAGCCACUAAAGACACAGCUACACAGCAAACUCAACGACUUUAGCUCACUAACCAGGACUCUUUUAGAGCUCAUAAAUUCUGACAAGCCCAAUGUGAGUAUAGGAGGAGGUCCAGCCAAGACUGGCGAGACAGGAGAGAUGACAUUAUCAGGAGUUCUGGAUAAAUUGAUUGAUAGAGAUAAAGAGAUUCAAGCACUAGUAGAAACAGCUAUACAGAUGAGAGGGAGGCAGCGUGAUAUUGAUUGGUUUGAGAAUCAGAUUGACAUGCGUAAGAAUGACCUUGAGGACCUUCAGAAUAGACUUUAUGAUGCUGAGAAACUACUGGAGUUGACAGUGCAUCAGGGAAAACAGAAGUUGGACUCAAUUGAGAAAGCACAGCAAGGGGCAGUGUCACCAGAGAAACUCAUUCAUUAUGCACACAAGAUCAGUCAAGCCAGUACUGCUGUCUCACCUGUUGGCUGGCAACCAAGUGAUCCACGUCGUCCUUAUCCACAGGAUACUGAGAUGAGGGCUGGUAUAUUGUGCAGGCUGAGUACCAGUGGCAAAUUAACACCUGAUGAUCCUCCAGGAGACUCUAAGCCAGCCAUUGGUGGAUCUAGCAUUGGAAUGAAUCAAAACAACAAUCAGUCAAAUGCAGUCAUUAAAGACCAGCAGCAGCAGCCUAACAGUGUCCUAGACCAGGAACCAAUGUCUGAAGAUACUUCACUCUCAUCAUCUGAUGAAGGAAUGUAAAUUGUUUAGCUAGGUAGACAUGUGCACUUUUAUUUCAUGAUCAUGAAUAAUAGACACUUGUAAAAAUUUAAUAUUAAAUUUUUUGGGUGGAGAUUUGACUAAAUCACAA